AAAGAAAAUUCAAAAUUUGAAUUUGAAGUUUACGGUACGAAAUCACUUCACCGGAUUUAAUCUAUUGUUUUCAAAAUAACAAAAUAUUAAUAACACAUAAUUGUAAUACAUCACAUAUUUAUUAAUUACUUUAAUUACGUUGUGUUAAUGUGAGUUAUAAAAGAUGCCUUCCGUCUAUACAUUUUCCCGGAGUGAUAACGAGAUACUUCAAGAGUUGCUGAAGGUAUUUAACACGGCAAGGGGCACAGCACGAGAACAGUGGUCCAUACAGGCCGAGCUGUUAGUGGAACCAGUUGGAUGGGAUGCGCUUUGGAAAUUAUCAAAAGAAUUUUGUAAGAAAUUCGAAGUUCGCUACCCUUGCAUAGCAUAUGUCACAGUCACUUCAGUGGACUUUGAGAACUUGUCGUCAUCUGUCGAUGUACUAAGCGUGCAGCAUGAAGCAGUCACUCUCCCGGAGUCAGUUGUCGAUGUUCCACUAGUGGAAUUGUGGCCAACCACAAAACAACGUGAACAAUGUGUGAAUGCUGCAACCACUGCAGAGUUCAUUGAUCUACUCAGAUUUUAUUACAACGACAUUUGGAUGCCAUGGGAUGAUCAGGAUGAUAAGAUCCUAUUACCGAACACGGUAGAAGACCGUAUGCAGCUCUGGUCUGACAUGCACAAUGGGACCAUACAACACUGUGUAGCACGAUCUAUAACAUUACUGAGAAGUAGUGCAAUAGAUGCACACAAUAAACUAAAUGUUUUAGAUUCUUCACUGUGUGAAGAGGAUGUGGAAAAUGAUGAUGAUUCACUUCUACCCCCGAACUACAUAUCACAAUGUGCAGAGUUAAAUGCUCGUUUAGACGGGCUUAUGUCGCAGUGGACACUGUAUGAAAACCCUCUGAUCAGAGAACAGUAUUUGGCCAAAAUGAAACACAAAUGGCAAAAAAAGAAAAGUAAGAAAAAUGUGGUAGCUCUCUGGCAAGGAGGUUCAAUAUUUGAAUUCGACGAGAUCUCUAAAUUCCUUCGUUCUCGUCUCACCAAUGAAUGCACCUUGACCGUAAUGGUCUCGGCAGAAGACGGCCUCACUCUCGAACCGGAGGAAGUCGUGGUGUGCAGCAAACAUUACGAAAUACCAGAAAUGCCUCUUCUUCAAAUAUCUAUAUGCAGUUAUAAAGGCGCGACCCUAAGGGCGACCGACAUGCGUUCGUGGCUGCUGAUGCUAAGUGAGGACUGUCGUCUGCGCGACCUGACCCUGCACUGCGCCCUAGUCAACACCGUGCUGCUGAUGCGAGCCGGGACGUUGCAUAUAACCAAUUGCGCCUUCCUGGAUGAUUCAAAAAAUGCACAGAGUGAUUUUGCGCAAGGCAUAGUUGCCAUGUCGGGUGCUAAGAUCCUGAUCGAAGACUGUACAUUUGAUAAUUUCUAUUCCGGCAUAGUCGUACAUAAUGGGGCUCAGGUGGAGCUUCGUAACUGCAUCAUCAAACGUUGCGGCGUCGGGAUCCAGAUGUAUUGGGGCGCGCGCGUCGAGCUGAGCGCCACCACGAUCAUGGACUGCGCCGAGAACAGCAUACGUUGCGAGGUGGAAGCCGGCGCUUGUUCGAAAUACACUGAUGUGAAAGGUCUACAAAUUAAGACGAAUUGCAGAAUCGGUAGCGGAAACCUUUCGAAGGAGGUACUUGUCGUCGGACAAGAAGCGACGAUCAUUUGAAAUAUUAUUUAUCACAAUUAAACGUAGCCCGAAUUACCUCACUGCUAUACGUAUACAGACCAAUACCUAAUUCUGUGCAAUCUUUUAUAGGAAAACAGUGAAUACACUGGUAUACAUGGGUAAUGAAAAAAUAAUGUGCCAUAGGAAUUGAAUCUCGUAAUAACGGUGUGUUCAUAUCGACGCUUGAAAGGCAAACGUGACUAAGCGACAAUGCGUGAACUUUACAGUAGACUAAUUUAAAGUUGAAAUACCUGAAAAAAAUUAUAUUUUAACGAAUCUAGCAGUAGGAUUGAAAUGAUUUUAAUAGACCUAGAAAUAAAUAUUUUUUGUGCAUCGAAUAUGGUUAUUGCCUAUCAUUUAUGUACAAAGCAGUUAUUGUCGCUUAGUCACGUUUGCCUUUCGAGCGUCGAUAUAUUUUCUAUUUAAUAACGUGUUAGAUUCAAUAGGUAAUUGUAAACCAUUCGAUUAUCCGUCAGUUUUAAAAUGGGUACGUGGUUAUGGCAACCCCGAGUAGCGUUUCAUGUACACAACUUCAAAUUAUAAUUUGCCUAAUUACUGGUGGUAGGACGUCUUGUGAGUCCGCGCGGGUAGGUACCACCGCCCUGCCUAUUUCUGCCGUGAAGCAGUAAUGCGUUUCGGUUUGAAGGGUGGGGCAGCCGUUGUAACUAUACUGAGACCUUAGAACUUAUAUCUCAAGGUGGGUGGCGCAUUUUCGGUAUAAAUGUCCAUGGGCUCCAGUAACCACUUAACACCAGGUAGGCUGUGAGCUCGUCCACCCAUCUAAGCAAUAAAAAAAAAGUACUGUGCAGCACGCUUGUGUGUCCAUGUUUUUGCACAGAAUUUUUAACACCCGAACCUGUAAUAACUAUGUAUGUCACUGCAGAACGUAUAUCAAUUCUGACUUCUAAUUUUCAAACUUUCCUGCAAAAAUUUAGUGCAAAUUUUAUGUUUUUUUUUUUUAUAACGGUCACCAAUUGUGAAUCAAAUUAACAUCUUGUAUAUGGUCUGUAGUCAAAUAACACUUAAUUUUUUUUAUUUUUAUCCGAUAGUGAACUCAUUUACAUAAUUCAACUCUGCUAAUUUUUUUUUUUUUAAAAUAGCAUCAGUGUUAAUAAUAUUUUGGGGAUUCUUGCAAUAAACAAUGGGACCACGGGGAAAAUGUAGUUGCUCUAUCUCUCUCGCACGUGCUGGUGACGUCACAACUCUCGAUGUAUGUGAAUAAUUUUCUUUUCAAUUAACAACAACUGCAAAUUUUUUUAAAGAUAACAAAUAUGUCCGUAAUAUAAUUUUGUGUUGAUCAAUAUAAAAAAAUGUGUCAACUACCUAUUCUGUUUGUUAUUUCGAAAGCUUUAGUUAGUGUGGUCAGAGACAUUAAAUUGAGAUUUUUGAACAUUCCGGUAUAUUUUCUUUUAUGCUUUCAAUGUGUCGUAUCUAGAAAAUAAAUGAAUCCGUGUACUGAAAUUGUUUUGUCUAUUUUUGUCGCACGCAUUGGAACACUUACCGGUGCGACAAGGACAAAUGUUAUGUACGUAGAAAUAAAAACUCAAUGGAUUUUUAUGUGCCUUAUUUUGUUUAGAAUGUAAAGUGCAGCUUUAAAAGUAUGUAAUUAUAAUGUUCAUUAAUAUGCGUGUUUCGUAAUUAACAUAAUAUGUUAUUGUAAUUAAAUAAAAUGUUAAAAGUAUUUGUGUUGAUUAA